AUGCAUAAUGUAAAAGCCUUGUAUGUACAGGGAGAUUGUGCUGUAGAAGCCAUUGUGUUGGAGCCACCUAAGCUGAAAGAGCUACCUGAGCUGGAGCUGAAAGAGCUACCUGAGCUGGAGCUGAAAGAGCUAAGUAUCCAUCCUAAUGCUUUUCCAAAAAUGAGAAAGUUGAGAUUGCUCAUCCUACGCAAUGUUCAUAUUUCUUUCCAUGGCCCUAUAUGUCUUCCUAAUGAGCUAAGAUGGAUGGAAUUUGCUGGAAGUGGUCCUUGGAUUCCAAAAUUUCCUUCUGGUCAAAAGAAAUUAGUAAGUAUUGAUAUGAGGAAAGGCAGUAUCACAGAAGUCGUAAAACACUUUAAGGACUUCCAACAAUUGAGGUACAUUAAAUUAUGUGAUUGCGAGUCGCUCAUUAGUACACCCAACAUCUCAUGUACUCCAAAUCUCGAAGAAUUGAAACUCAGGAAUUGCAAAAACUUGGUAGAAGCCCACGAGUCAAUUGCAUAUCAUGACAAGCUCCAGGUCUUGCAUUUUAAAUGGUGCCCUGAACUUUGUGUUUUUCCGAAUGUGCUCAAGUCAAAAAAUCUUCGAGAUCUCAAACUUUCCAAUUGCCCAAAAUUGGAAAGAUUCCCCGAUAUUCUAGAUGAACUUAGAGGCCUGAAAAAACUUUCCAUACGACAUACCUCUUUAAAAGAACUUCCUACAUCAAUAAAAAAUCUUGUCUCUCUAGAGAAAAUACAUUUAGACAUGGGCAAAAACCCUAUAAGUCGUCCAUCUAACAAUUACAAGUUACAAAAACUUCAAUGGUUCAAAUCUUUUCUCUGCCAAAUCAUGUUUCCAAACCUUUGGAAUUCAGCUGAUCCAUGCAUGAAGAUCGGACUUCCAAAUUCAAAUGUGUCAGACCUUUUAAAUUGUAAUCUAUCCCAAGUAGAGUUUCUUGAGGAUCUUUCUUGUUUCCCCUUGUUGAAAAUCUUAAUUCUGUCGGGGAACAAUAUUACUAGCCUUUCUACAUCCAUCAAGCGUGAUUGUUUGUCCACAUCGUCAAUUAGUAAGGACUUCAAGCAAUUGACGUACGUUGAAUUGAGUGGGCUGCAACUCGCUGGUUAUUAUGCCCAACCUCUCAUGUGCUCCAAAUCUCAAAAAAUUGAAACUCAGGAAUUGCAAAAACUUGGUAGAAGCCCACGAGUCGAUUGCAAAUCAUGA